AUGGCAAGUUCAUCAUCUGAAUCGUUCCCGAACGUGGAGGAGGCACAUAUACCCAUUGGGUCACCACAAAGUCCGACGAUAACAGCUCCCCCGUUCCAAGAGCAGCCUCCCAAACUCAAGGGCAGACAGAGGCUCCUAGCUGGCCUGCAUCGCAUAUCGUCUUCGCCUUCCAUUCCGCGACUCAGUUCGAGGGACCGAGCACGGACUUACGAUGGCACUGGCAAAGCAUCUAUAUCAUGCAUAUCGCUCAACUCUGCAUCGUCUAACGGCCUCUCUUUUGGAUCAUCCCUGACACGAGAGUACUCCGCUGGGUAUGGCACGCCUCCUACUUCCGGGGUGUCAACACUGGGCAUUCAGAUCCCAGCGUUCGACGAGAAGGCCAGACUUCGCUAUGUGUCGGGCUUGAAUGGUAAGCAGUCUAUUGGUCUGCCCACAGACAUCAGGUCUACUCCGAGGAUUGGGUUGACACCACGAAUCUCCAAAGAGGGCCAUGAAGACUACUUCUCGCGGCCAGCAACGCAAGUCAAGCCGAAGCCAGCGCGACCAGACUUUAAUUUUUGGCGCGAUGUGCCAUUUGAGUUGAGGAUGGAGGUUUUGUCAUACAUGCAGCCACGAGAGGUCAUCCGCUGCUCGGUUGUCUCAAAAGCAUGGCACAAGAUGUGUUUCGAUGGGCAGCUGUGGGCUAUCCUGGACACUUCGGACUUCUACCAAGAUAUACCGGGUCCAAUGCUGGUCAGAAUCAUAUGUUCGGCUGGCAACUUCGUUCGCGACCUCAACUUACGUGGUUGUGUUCAGCUUCGCGAAUACUGGAACACGAAAGAUGGUCUGACAGAUGCUUGCAAGAAUCUGGAAAACUUCUCCCUCGAAGGCUGUCGCAUCGACCGGAACUCGAUACACAACUUUUUGCACAAUGGCAGCAGGCUUGUGCACAUCAAUCUCUCGGGUCUGGCUGGCGCCUCCGAUGCUGGCAUGAAGAUCAUUUCUGAGAGAUGUCCCCAGCUCGAGGUCCUCAAUGUUUCUUGGUGCAACAAUGUCACAACCAAGGGCCUUAAGAAGGUCAUCAAGGGUUGUCUCAAGCUCAAAGAUCUGCGCGCCGGCGAAAUCCGAGGAUGGGAUGAUCUGGAUAUCAUGCAUGAGAUGUUCAAGCAGAACAACCUCGAGCGCCUGGUGUUGAUGAACUGCGACACCCUGACGGAUGAAUCACUGGCUGUUCUCAUCGAGGGCAUCGACAGUGAAAUCGACUGCAUCUCCGGCAGACCCAUCGUGCCACCGAGGACAUUCAAGCACCUGGACCUUACAAGGUGUCGUAAUAUCUCGGACCAGGGAUUGCGCUCCCUAGUAGACAAUAUUCCGUGCAUCGAAGGCCUGCAGCUGUCGAAACUGAACGGUGUUCUGGACGCGACACUCACAGAUCUCCUACCGACAACACCCCUGCUUACACAUCUUGACCUGGAGGAGCUGGAGGAUCUCAGCAACACGGUCCUGCAAGCUCUCGCCAACUCUCCUUGCGCCAAGAGCUUGCGACACCUCAGCGUGUCCUACUGCGAGAAUAUGGGCGACGCAGGCAUGCUUCCUAUCCUCAGGACGUGCACAAACCUUCGCUCACUUGAGAUGGACAACACCCGCAUCGGAAAUCUUGUGCUAGCUGAGGCAACGGCCAUGGUGCGGCAACGUACGCCUCGUGCCACCUUCCCAGGGGUUUCUAUGCUACCGGCGAAGCCUCUCUUCAAGCCCAGCAUAGGAUUAAAGCUCGUGGCCUAUGACUGCCAAAACGUGACUUGGACCGGUGUCCGCGAAGUCCUUUCCAGGAACUCCGACAUGAUGAUCUCUCGACACACGCACGCCGUGCCUGCUCUAGACGUGUCCACAAGUACCUCAGCGAGCUCCUCAGUAGAGAAUCUCUCGCUCAAACCAAAGAUCCAUAUCAGUCAGACGUCGUCAUUCCCGACCGAAAUAAUCCAGCUCAAGUGCUUCUACACGUUCCAGCCGACAGUCGAAGAGCACACGAAGCGAGUGUUGCGAGGGGACUUCGUGUCUGCCAAGAGGCUGGAGCGCAAGUGGGCUUCCUACAUGAUCGCGCAAGAGGAAGCGGGUGCCAUGGGAGCAGGCCAGAGGCGUCGGCGAAGGAGGGCGCGAGAUGCGCAGCUGCAGCAUGCCGAUGAAGAAGAGGACGACAAUGGCCAAGCGAGUACUGGUGUCGGCGCCACGCGUCGCAGACGUGCGAGGAGCGGUGGAUGUACGGUGAUGUGA